AUGACGACCAAGACCAUCCAUGGGAACUCGCAAUUCCAGAAGCCCUCUCCACUACGCUGGACGUGGGAGUCACCCGAUGGAGGGUACCGUAUUGAAAUUGACCACAUCAUCGUCAGUAAAAGGUUUUGCCUGACGGAUGUCGCUGUUGUGCCAAAGUUCUAUACGGGAUCCGACCACCGCCUCCUCCGAGGAAGAUUUUCCUUUACAAGGAGAGAAGAGAAAGCCGCCAAGUUCAGAGAGGGAAGUCCCAAAAUUAUCAUUAACUGGGAUCUCUUCGCUAUGCUAGCGGGCUUUUGGGAAGAUUCCGCAAUGCACAAUAUCGACGAGGAAUAUGACCGGCUCGCUGAACACCAUCACGACUGCACGGAGAAGGCUGAGAGUUUUAAAACCACCAAGAGACGCCUGUCUCUUGAAACUCUUUACGCAAGCGUGGAGCAGCACGAGCCGCAGGGAACCAAGAACUCAAGUCCGAGCUCGCAAGGCUUGGCAAAGAGGCGAUAA